AUGGGCUCCAUCACUGUGACGCCCGUGCCCCGCGUCGCCAUCAUCGGCGCGGGCAUCGUGGGUACCAACCUCGCUGACGAGCUCGUCUCGCGCGGAUGGACCGACAUCACCGUCAUCGACCAGGGCCCGCUGGACAUGCCGGGCGGGUCGACGUCGCACGCCCCCGGCCUAGUGUUCCAGACGAACCCAUCCAAGACCAUGACCCAAUUUGCCCGCUACACGGUCGACAAGCUGCUCUCGCUGCAGCAGGACGGCCAGAGCUGCUUCAACCAGGUCGGUGGCCUGGAGAUCGCGACCACGCCGGCACGCAUCGAGGAGCUGAAGCGUAAGCACGGCUGGGCAUCAUCAUGGGGCGUGGAAACCCGCCUCCUCAGCGCCGAGGAGUGCCUCGAAAAGUAUCCCUUGUUGAACAAGGACCUCGUGCUCGGUGGCCUGUUCAUCCCCACGGACGGGCUGGCGCUGGCCGCACGGGCAGUCCAGCUACUGAUCGAACGCACCCGCAAGGCUGGCGUGCGGUACCUGGGGUCCACGCAAGUCACGGGCAUCGAACAGGCAAAAGACCGCGUCACCGGCGUGGUGACGCCUGAGGGCGUGAUCCCGGCGGACAUUGUCGUGUCGUGCGCGGGCUUCUGGGGCGUCGAAGUCGGCGCCAUGGUCGGGCUCCCCAUCCCCCUGCUGCCCCUGGCACAUCAGUACGUCAAGACCACGCCCGUGCCAUCGCAGGCGGGUCGCAAUCCCCAACCCAACGGGGCGAACCUGCCCAUCUUGCGGUACCAGGACCAGGACCUCUACUAUCGCGAGCACGGCGACCAGUACGGCAUCGGCUCAUACGCACACCGGCCGAUUCCCGUCGUGGCGUCGACCUUGCCGCUCGCCUCGAAGACGGUCGACGAGAAGAACAUGCCCUCCCGCCUGGAUUUCACCCCGGAGGACUUCACAUCGGCGUGGGAUUUGUCCCGAGAGCUUCUGCCGGCGUUGAAGGAGAGCGAGAUCGCAGAUGGCUUCAACGGCAUCUUCUCGUUCACUCCGGACGGUGGCCCUCUCGUCGGACAGUCGCCGACGCUCGACGGCUUCUACGUGGCCGAGGCGGUGUGGGUGACGCACUCUGCUGGAGUGGCGCGUGCAGUGGCUGAAAUCCUGACGACAGGACGGUCCGAAGUCGAUCUGGCCGAGUGCGACCUGGGCCGCUUCGAGGAGGUCCAACUCACCCCGGCCUACGUCAAGGAGACGUCCCAGCAGAACUUCGUCGAGGUCUACGACAUCCUCCACCCCCUGCAACCCCGAGAGUCUCCCCGCAACCUGCGAGUCACUCCGUUCUACGCCCGGCAACGCGAGCUGGGUGCUUUCUUCCUCGAGGGUGGUGCGUGGGAGCGUCCCUACUGGUACGAGUCGAACGCGAAGCUGCUCGACCAGCUGCCCCCCGAGUGGAAGCCCGUCGAGCGUGACCCCUGGUCGGCCCGGUACUACUCGCCCAUCGCGGCGGUGGAGGCGUGGAAGACGCGCACCGCGGUGGCCAUGUACGACAUGACGCCGCUCCGGAGGCUAGAGGUGGCGGGUCCGGGCGCGGUCGACCUCCUCCAGCGCCUGACCACGGGCGACGUGUCGAAGAAACCGGGCGCCGUCACCUACACGCUUCUGCUCGACAGCCGCGGCGGCAUCCGCAGCGACAUCACCGUAGCCCGGCUCGCCGACGACCUCUUCCAGGUGGGCGUCAACGGGCGCGUCGACCUGAUCUACUUCUCGCGCGAGGCGCGGCGGCAGUCGCAGGAGGACCCGAGCCGGUGGGCGUACGUGCGCGAGACCACCGGCGGCACGUGCUGCGUCGGGCUCUGGGGUCCACGGGCCCGCGACGUGAUCAGUGCCGUCAGCACCGACGACUUCAGCAACAAGGGCCUGCGCUACUUCCGCGUCAAACGCGCCAGUAUCGCGGGGAUCCCCGUGGUGGCCAUGCGGCUAUCGUACGUCGGCGAGCUGGGCUGGGAGAUCUACGCGAGCGCCGACAACGGGCAGCGGCUGUGGGACGCGCUGUGGCAGGCCGGGCAGGCCCACGGGGUCGUGGCGGCCGGCCGCACGGCGUUCAACGCGCUGCGUCUGGAGAAGGGGUACCGGUCGUGGGGCACGGACAUGACGACGGAGCACGACCCGUUCGAGGCCGGGGUGGACUUUGCCGUCAAGCUGACCAAGCCGGGCGGCGGGUUCGUGGGCCAGACGGCGCUGGAAGGGCGGUCGAAAGCGACGACGACGCGGUUCCUGCGCUGCCUGACCGUCGACGAUGGCCGGUCCGUCGUGCUGGGCAAGGAGCCCGUGUUCCACGACGGCCGCGCCGUGGGAUACGUCACCAGCGCCGCCUUCGGGUACACGAUCGGCAAGCCCAUCGCGUAUGCGUGGCUGCCCAGCGCCGUCGGCGAGGGCGAGAAAGUCGAGAUCGAGUACUUUGGCACCCGCGUCCCCGCCACCGUCACCCCGGAGCCGCUGUAUGAUCCGUCCAUGAGCCGGCUGCGCGGGUGA